AUGGCGGAAAAUAGCAACGUGGAACAGUUUGAGCAGAUCUUUAUUAUGAUUGAUGACGUGUAGGGCAUCGAAAGUGCGCUCCACUGCCAAUUGUGUGAAAUUGAAGGAUCCAAGGGUUUCAAGUGAACGAGAAGAUUGACGAGGGCAACUUUGGUCAGGUGUUCAAAGUGUCGAAAGAGGGCAAGAAGUACGCGAUGAAAGUAGAGCCGAACCGGUUGGACGGAGGCCCGUCGGCGCUUAAAAACGAGAUUGAAAUUGUGGUGGACGUGACGAAACACGAUCUGAAAUUCUGUCCAAAAUUCAUUUCGGGCGGGAAAGAGCUGAAGUAUCACGUGCUCGUGAUGGACUUGCUCGGCGACAAUCUGAAGAAGCUGCGGCAGAGGUGCCGCGAUCCGAAUGCGUGCUCUCCGGGCACCUGGAGCCGCGUGGGCAUUCAGUGCCUUUACGUGUCAGUUCGAUAUGUGCAUCGAAGAAAACCGACGAUACGGUUUCAGAAUAAAAGCGGUGCACGACUGCGGAUACGUGCAUCGCGACCUGAAGCCGGCCAACUUCGCGAUGGGUCCGAUCGACGACGGGCUCACCGUCCGCGUCCUUUUCCUCCUCGACUUUGGAAUCUCGCGCAAGUUUGUGCUGCAGAAGAAGGGCACCGCCGUCGGAAACGGCGAGUUCGAUUGGCGGGUGGCUCGCCGGAAGACGCGAGCUUUCAAAGGGACGCCCGUCUACGCAUCUCCGAACGCCCACUCGUUUCAGGAUUUGGUAAGUGAAACGCGUGGAUUGUCGUGUGCAAGAGAUGUUUUCAGGGCCGCAUCGACGACGUCUGGUCGCUUCUGUACAUGCUCGCGGAGCUCGUCCAGCCGCUUCCGUGGUCUUCGCUCGAGGAUCAGACUCUAGAACGGUCGAAGCUCGGAUCGAAGCUGCGAGAUCUGUUCAAGAACGACGCGUUCGAAGCGAUCGAGGCGAGUCUCCGUGCCUCCAACUACUACUCGUUCCCCAAUUACCAUCUUGUCUACCGAACAUUCUGGAGGGUGUACGCGAAGAGCGGCGUCUCGUGGCUCGAUCCGUUCGACUGGGAGACGAAGCAGAUGCCCGCCUAUCAGAGAUGGGUCGGUCCCCUUCAACCCGUUCGCAUCACAUGAACACUCAUUUGCAGAGGGCGAACGCGGAGAACCGGACGACUCUGUUCCCGUGGGAGUACGCCGACAUCGCCGCGUUCUUCCGGCACGAUCCGUGGAAGGCACUUCAGAGUCCGAUCGUUUCGGAGAAGAACAAGAAGAAGAAGGAAAGGGAACAGAAGAAGAAGAAGCAGCAGCUGGACGGAGAGACGCUUACGGCCGAGGCGAUCACGGCCGACGAGUCGCUGCACCCGAUCACGAAACGACGCUCGAAGCCGAAGAACCCGGUCGCAGUGAGCCCGAAUUCGCUCACCAAGAAGAGCAGCAAGAAGUGA